GUAAUCGCUACCUUUCUGCUAAUUUCGGUCAUUGCUGUACGCUGCCCGGCACGAUCCCGAGCCACUGCACCUCUCCAGUCGAGGAUGGACGAGCUGCACGCGGCCAGCGAUGAACUGUUUUACAAGACAUUCCCUGCAGCCCGACCCACUCUGCAAUCCGCUCGAGUCGAGGCCGAACACGCGCGGAUGUUUGCCCCACACAGGAUGACCACGAGCAGUCUGGCUGUCUCCUCCACGUGCCCAGCGCCUAUCGCCACCUCGCCAUCGUCACCCUACUCAGCUGGCGAUGUACCUACUCAGUACGCCCGUCAGGACCCACGGUUCGCUCACGGGUUCCUCUCACCGGCGAAUCCCGAGAAUCCGAUGUUUUGGGGAGCCCAGCCCUCCGAAUCGACGUCGCCUCGAGCCGCGCCCACAUUAUCCAUCCUUUCGCCGACCCAGGCACCGCCCGCUUCACAUCAACUGCUGCCUCGCUUGGCCUUGGGCAACGCAGUGUAUCCUAGUCCCAAUGCGGACUAUCCGGUAUCGACUACUUCCUCGUUUGCGAGCCCCGGCCCCGCGUUCGGCUCGCCUACGAAUCAUCUCGCUAGCCCUAAUGGCGUGUAUCCUUCGCCCAGUAGCGCGGAAGGCACGAGUCCGCCCCCGCUUUUCGCCACCAGUCCGUUCGAGAUAAUCUAUUCCGACCCGACGGUGUUUGGAGGUAAACCGUUGGGUGCGUUCGUCGCAGAGCGUGGGGGCAGCUUAAACUAUCCUUACAAAGCGCCUCAAAUACUUGCCUCAGCUCCGAUAGCUGAGGUGGACAUGUACCCCGGAAUCGACGUGCCGCCUCCGAUGGUCUUCUCGCACCCUUCGUCGUCACUCAUUGCCUCUGCUUUGGGCAUGCCGAGGCACCAGCCCCGCUCGCUCCAUCCGUCGUCUCUUCUCCCCUCGACGUCCGUUCGCUCCCGCACGGAUCCGUUAUCUGUCGCUUCUUCAUCGUCGCCGUCGUCUCCGCCCGACCUCUCGUCCUCGGCGAAACGCAAGGCCCGUGAGCGUCAACCUCGCCGACCACCACCGGAGAAACGUCGCAAUGGGCACUACCCGGCCAGCCCACCGCGCUCAGUCAUGCUCGCGCUCGCCGAGGAGGAGGGCGACGGUGCUCCCGGCGAGGAGCCCAUGCCCGGGUCGAGCAAGCAACGGCGCUCUCCAUCUUCUCCGCGGCGCAAGGACUCGACGAUGGCAGUAGCCUCGGCAGCGGCCGCGGCCGCAGCCACUGGCGUGGAGAUCACCUCGGUCAAGGAACUCCAGAAGAAACCCCCCUUGGCCUGUUUGUUCUGCCGAGGACGAAAGAUUGCGUGUGGGCCUUCGAUGCCUGUUCCUGGCAAGCCGGACAAGUUUGCGUGCAACCAGUGCCAGCGACGAGCGCUGGAAUGCACAUACCCUUCGGAAAGCCGCCGGGGCAUGCGGAAGAAGAAGACCGACACGGAGGCCGAAGCUUCUGGCGAGCAAGAGGGAAGCAAGGACUCGCCGCCGGACAGCAAAGAGUCGUCGGCAUCCACGUCUUCAGCCGUCUCCGUGACGGACAUAGACGUCUGCAUCUCCGUGCCGAUCGGCGCGGACAGCGAUGAUACCGUGGCGGCACCGGGUGUGCUGGACGGCACUGACUGUGUCGCUGAGGACGGCGCAGCAGCAGCAGCGGAAGGAUUCCAUGACGUGGGGGGACUGGGGCUAGGAUACGAAUUUGGCCUCGCGAUGGGGGAUGUGGCGGCACAUCCGUUUGACGUCGGGACUGAUGGCGAUGACUUUGCUGCCUCGCUCGCUGCGACUAUCGGCUCGUCGAUGGAUACUUCCGCUUUCGAGAUCAUGCAUGCGUCCACAAUCAAAGCAGUCAAUGUGGUGCCCCCGACGGUCAAGCACCAUCGCACGAAGGAUCCGCGGCUGAAUCGAGCGCUGCCACUGGCGGCACUGGAGUCUUGAAACGUCGCGAGGUGGAAGUGGGGUGCCUGUUGUUGUCUGCUCUGUUUCUUUCUGGUUGCUGCUCUGCUCCUGCUCUCGAUUUCCAUUCGCUCUGCUGCUCUUGGGGGUACAUUUAGGCCUGGAUGAUGGCGUACAUUCUUAUUACAAGGAUCGUGGUAUCCGAACGAUAUACCAAGUCAUUUGGAUAUGCCACUAGUUAUAGCACUCGCGUACAGUCAGUAAUAUAUGUACUGUGCAGUCAAUCGAGUCUUCGAGUGCUCGUCACUAUGUGCUGCAUUACGAUGACCUGCUGACACACAUGGAUCCCACGUCGCUAUAGACCUGAAUGCGAAGUCACCCUCAAUGUACGUCCUCGGGCAGGCCCUGAAAGCAGUGCGCGUCCAGUCCUAAACUCCGACGGACCUCGAGUCACCAGACGCCGGGUACACCACGCACAUGGCAGAUAUUUAUUCACCAUAGAUGGAGGGAGCACAUGCAGAACGCAAAGUAGUCGUCUCAGAAGAACGACCUGAGCCCCAAGGAGAUUCGAGGAGCCGGAAUCGCACCUCGGGCCGGCUGGACACUGACAUCCCUGCUGCUCAAGUGUCAGACUCUGCUCCAUCCGAGAAGCGUCACACACACACCUCCGUGAUAAUGAAGUAUAGCGCAAGAACGGUCGACCGCCGCCAGCGCAGGCGAGGGCGUGGGAUCGUUUCCGGGGAUUCAAUCCCGUUGGCUGACGGGUGACAGAGCACACACGGCACCCCACGGGCGCCCCAGUCCAAGUCCACAAACGCAUCGUCGUCGAGACAUCAGAUCACAGCUAGGGAUGCGGCCGCCGGACAAUCAGUGACGUGACUAUGUGACACGCGCGGGACUGUGCGGCGUGCCCGUCUCUUUCGCUUGUGCAUCACACGCCCACGCGCUCAAACUUGCCAGGAUCAGAGACAUGACGACAUCCGCCGCUGCGUCCAGGGCGAAGAACGAGGCUUCUGGGAAGGCGAAGCGGGCGUGCGAUACGUCCCCACCGUGCGGCGUUCUGGAAGCGGGGGAGGCAGAAUCAGGCGCUGAUGUGAUUGGGACGGAAUUGCGAUCGCGCGUGCUCGAGAGAGCCCGUCGCACGAGGAAGAGCGCUGUCCUCACGGUUAAAUCGGCAGUGUGUGACAGGGGAAGUGGUAUGGAAGACACGAGAAUAAUGCUCGUGGUGUACUUUCGCGUCGGCACCAAUGAUUCAGUGACCCAGGGAUGAAUCAUUUUCA